AUGGCUGCAAACUCUGAACCCGCACAGAACAAAGGCGAGGUCUUGUCUCACAUCGUGAGUGUGGGAAGUCGCACAGACAUCGACGCUCACCAAGUUGAUCUUACGGCGCUCGCGUCUCACGAGGUCGCUCUUGAAGACGUAGCUUCUGGUCUCAGCUCCGAUCAGAAGUACUAUGUGUUAAAGCGUCUUCACUUCGAAGGGUUGGAGACUUUGGACGAGUUGCCUGUUGCUGCGACUUUUAUGUUGGAAAAAGUGUCCCUGAUGCUGAUCGAGGAGUCGUUGGAAGUGUUGAAGAAGUACUUGAAGGAACAUAACGAUGAUGUUAACAUUCCCACAGAGGAAUAUGACUUUAUUGAAAAGCUCUACAACAUGGCUCCCGACGAGCUUGCUAGAGCCAAAUUCACCGAAAAGGACUCGUUGCUGGCCGUUAAUGAGAAAGGUAUCGCUCAACAAACCAUUGAGAAGGGUUCAAGCUCAGAUCUUAUCACGUCUACUUCUGACGAAGAAGCAGGCCAUUACGAGAUCUUUGACUGGGAUUUGCAAAUUCGAACGGAGGCUGUGAUGAUCGCCUACCACUCGCCUUAUCCCGAGGUAAGGUCGGUGACGAAUCCUUAUGACGACACCCAGCUUCCUGCUGAAACCAUCAGAGUUUACAUUUUGGGAAUAAUUUGGACUGCUGUAGGAACCUUCAUCAAUCAGUUCUUCGCCGAAAGACAGCCUGGUAUCUCUUUGGGUGCCCCUGUCGUCCAGCUUUUGCUAUACCCCUCUGGGGAAUUGUUGGCGAGGAUUCUUCCCAAGCGCAAGAUCAAGCUUUGGAGAUGGUCCAUUGACUUGAACCCUGGACCGUGGAAUUACAAGGAGCAAAUGUUAUCUACCAUUUUUUACUCCAUCUCUGCCGGCACGCCUUACGUCUCGUACAAUAUCCACGUCCAAAGGCUUCCUCACUAUUACAACAAUCAGUGGGCUGGCUGGGGAUACCAGAUUUUGCUUAUUCUUGCCACAAACUUUAUGGGAUUUGGCUUUGCUGGUAUUCUCAGGAAGUUUGCUGUGUAUCCUGUAAGAGCGAUGUGGCCUACCAUCUUACCCACGCUUGCUUUAAACAGAGCUUUGUUGCAGCCAGAGAAGAAAGCUAAUAUCAAUGGAUGGACUAUAUCAAGAUAUUCCUUCUUCUUCAUUGCUUUCUCAGGUUCUUUCCUUUAUUUUUGGUUUCCUAACUACCUUUUCGAAGCGUUAUCGUACUUCAACUGGAUCAGCUGGAUUGCUCCUGAUAACUUCCAUUUAAACAUUGUCACUGGUUUCGUCGGAGGUUUGGGAUUGAACCCAAUACCUACAUUCGACUGGAAUAUCAUUAACUGGAACCUUGCAUUAACAGUUCCUUUUUACUCGCAGGUAAACCAGUACAUUGGCACCUUAAUCGGUUUCAUUUGCAUCAUUGGUGUUUACUACUCCAACUACCUUUGGUCUGCUUACCUUCCCAUCAAUACUUCAACAUUGUACAACAACAAGGGCCAGAGAUACGAUGUCAAUGAGGUCGUCAACGAAAGGUCAUUAUUUGAUGCUGCAAAGUAUGAAGUUGUUGGUCCUCCAUUUUACUCUGCCGCUAACUUGAUUGUGUACGGCUCGUUCAUUGCCUUGUACCCAUUUGCCAUUAUUUAUGAAGUUGCUUUGAACUACAAGCCAAUGUGGCUUGCAUUGAAGAAUCUUGGCAGCUCAUUCAGGAACUUUAGAAGAUCAACUUUUGAGGGAUUCGACGAUCCACACACUGUCAUGAUGAGAAAUUACAAAGAAGUUGCUGACUGGGUGUUUCUUGUCGUCUUGGUUAUUGCCAUCGUAUUUGCCAUAAUCUGUGUCAAGGUUUAUCCUGCCGAGACACCAGUGUGGGGUAUAUUCUUCGCCCUUGGAAUCAACUUCGUUUUCUUAAUUCCUCUCACGGCCAUUCUCUCGACCACCGGCUGGACUUUCGGUCUCAAUGUGUUGGUGCAGAUCAUCACAGGUUAUGCGAUUCCUGGUAACGGUCUUGCUUUGAACUUCAUCAAAGCGUUGGGUUACAACAUCAACGGGCAAGCACAGAACUACAUCACUGAUCAGAAAAUGGCUCACUACGUCAAGAUUCCACCUAGAUCACUUUUCCGCUGCCAAAUGCUUUCCUUGUUCCUUUCAUCAUUUAUCGCCUUAGCAGUGAUGAAUUUUAUGAUCGAUAACGUGGACAACUACUGCACACCCCAAAGCAACCAGAAAUUUUUCUGCCCUAGUUCAAACGUCUUCUUUUCGGCAUCGGUCUUGUGGGGUGUUAUUGGCCCUAGAAAGGUCUUUGGUGGUCUCUAUCCAAUUUUGCAAUGGUGUUUUUUGCUUGGAGCACUUCUUCCCAUUCCAUGUAUACUUUUCAAAAAGUACGGACCAAAGAAGAUAGCCAAGUACUUCCAGCCAACGUUGAUUAUUGGUGGUAUGUUGAUCUACUCCCCUUACAAUUUGUCGUAUUACACAGCUGGUCUCUACGCCUCCUUUGCUUUCAUGUUCGUCAUCAGAAAGCGUUACGAGGCUUGGUGGGAGAAGUACAACUACGUUUUGUCUGGAGCUUUGGACGCUGGCGUUGCCUUCAGCAGUAUCAUUAUCUUCUUUUCCGUGCAAUACAACGAGAAGCCCCUCUCAUGGUGGGGAAACAACGUCUCUUUCCAGGGAUUUGAGGGUGGUUAUGGAAGACAGAGAUUGAUGAACGUCACAGAAGAGGCUCCAGAAGGUUACUUCGGCCCGAGAAUUGGACAUUUCCCAUAA